GUGUCUUAAAUGUAGACUGUGGGGUCCCCCAUACAGUGCAGCCCAACAUUAGCUGCGAAAGAACAUAUUUAAAAUGACGUCUUUUUUAUACCUCGUAAUAAUUAAUAUUGUAAUUCUUUGUUCUCACGCUUACGUUACUUACGACAAUUACAAAGUUUACAGGGUGUACCUAGAUUCCCCAGGCAAAGUGAACAGUUUUUCUAAAAUUCACGAACUAAUACCAAAAUUGGACGUGUGGAAUGAAAAUGUGGCAGAUAAGUCGAUCGAUGUGAUGGUACCUCCGGAGGAUCAAUACGAAUUCACCGACUCUUUAAGUUCCUACAAAAUUCAGCAAGAGGUCUUCAUCAGUAAUGUCGCAGAAUUAAUUGACAAAUACUCUGAAGCAUCCUACUCCAACCGACUUGGAGGUGAAUUCAAUUGGACAACGUAUCAAACGUACGAACAAAUUGUUGGAUGGUUAGAGUCCCUUGCACAGACAUACCCGGAUAAUGUGACCACAGUGGUUUUGGGUAAAUCACACUACGGGGUUGACAUUGUGGGGGCGAAAUUGGUAUUAAAUCCAAACGCUACAAGAGUCGCUAUCAUCGAAGGUGGUAUUCAUGCAAGAGAAUGGAUAUCGCCUGCUACAGUGACUUACAUUUUGAAUUCUUUCUUAACUAGUAGCCUCAGAAGAGUUCGAAACGCCGCCGAAAGUAUGAUAUGGUACUUCGUACCCUCAAUCAACCCAGAUGGUUAUAACAGAACGUUCCACGAAGAUAGAUUGCAUAGAAAAAACGUGCAAGUGGUUAACGGUACUAACUGUAGUUAUUUCGUGGGUGGAAAUGGUAUUGGAACCGAUUUGAACAGAAAUUUUAAUUACACGUGGAUGGAAGCGGGUGGAGCUAGUUCGCGUCCCUGUAGUUCUUCCUAUGCAGGGCCAGAACCCUUCAGUGCCCCCGAAACAAGGGCCAUGAAAGCUUUAGUAGAGCAAGUAUCAGACAGUUUAGACCUUUACAUUUGCUUUCAUUCUUUCUCUCAACUAGUUCUUUUUCCCUACGGUCACACCACCGACCCAAUUGAUAAUUAUUACGAACAGUAUGCGAUUGCUAGAAUGGCUGCAGACGAACUUGAAGCUUACAAUGGUACUAAAUAUGUUGUUGGAAAUAUAGCUGAAGCAAUUUACGUUUCAACUGGUAGCAGUCUCGAUUGGGUAAAAGGAACGUAUGGAACAAGACUGACCUACGGUUUGGAAUUAAGGGACCAAGGACAAUAUGGUUUUCUUCUACCACCCGAUCAAAUAAUAGACACUGGAGAAGAAACUUUGAACGCUGUUGUGGUAUUAGUUGAGCAAUUGUUUCGACUCGACCUGUUAACUUUUACGCGUCCUUCUGGUCAAGGCAGCUUUACCCAAUUUUUACCACACACCCUAUUUUUAUCAGUUUUUAUUAUUAAAUUUUACACAAUUGGAAGAAUGGCAGCGGACGCUAUAGAAUCCAAUUCUGGAAGGAAAUACAUUGUGGGAAACAGCGCUGAAGCAAUUUAUAUUUCGACGGGGGGUAGUGACGACUGGGUGAAAGGUACGUUUGGGACUAGACUUGUGUACACUUACGAAGUUAGAGAUACUGGAACUUAUGGAUUUUUAUUACCCCCCGAUCAAAUAAUCGAUACAGCUGAAUAA